CAAGGACUUUCAACUGAACGGAAUAGGCAGUUGGCAUAGCCGUUGAACAUAUAUAUUGUAGCUGGUAGCAACAAGUCCAAGUAGCGAGAUUAACGCGACGGCGACAAUGUGUGAAAUAAAAGUCUUUGUCUCGGUUGUAUACGGCUUGAUGCUGUUUAGUGGCACGGCAGCAACGCAAAAUAAAAGCCUAGAGGAGCUGCCUAAUGUGGAUGGUUGUGGUACCACUGAGAAGAUGGUCGACGAUUGCUUCAAGGAUUUGCCGCCACCUCUGAUGGAGUUUCUGCAGAACACCAAAAUUGUCAUUACCAAGCAGGAGAUCAUUGCCAAGUGCAAAGUUUUCAAUCGUGGAAUGCAAUGCUUCGAUGCCUACUCCAAACGUUGUCUGCAGAAUCGUAAGCUCAACUUGUAUAAAAACAAUAUCGAUGGUGCUCGCAAGUUCUUCAAGAAGUUCUGUGCUGACGAGGACUUUCAGCGAGACUAUUUGCGGCAUAAGGAUUGCUUUACGUACAUACAGGUGGAUUGGAUAAGCUGCACCACCGACUUCGAGAACAUACUCACCGACGAUUUGCAUGACGACAAACGCAAUGUUACCGAUAAAUUCAUGGAAUUUUGUUGCGCACGUCUCGCUUACGAGAACUGCAUCUACAAUAGCGCCCGAUACAAGUGCUACAAGAACUCGGCCAAGUUUGCACGCGAAACCGCCAAAAUGCUGUCCGACGAGAAGCACUUCAGCAACUGUCGCCAUCUGGAGAACAUGUGCGCCCAUGCCGCACGCAUUUCCUUUAUCUGGAGCAGUGUUCUGCCCGUUGCAUUCGUGUUGGCGCAGCAUUACCUGCCCGUGCCCCUGCCCAAUAUAAUCCGGCAGUAAAUUGGCUUUUGUCUGUGGCUGGUUGUGGUUGU